GCCUAUCAGUGCCAGUCAGUGCUGCCUAUCAGUGCCGCCUAUCAGUGCCAUCAGUGCCUCCUCAUCAGUGCCUAUCAGUGCAGCCUAUCAGUGCCCAUCACUGCAGCCUCAUUAGCGCACAUCAGUGAAGGAGAAAAAUCACUUAUUUACAAAAUUGUAUAACAAAAACUAAGAAAAAAAGUUUUUCUUCUCAAAAUUUUCAGUGGUUUUUGGUUUGUUUAAGAAAAAAUAAAAAUACCAGAGGUGAUUAA